CUUUGACUCUUGCUAGCAUAACGUUAGCUCCAUGAGCUGAGUGGAGUAGAAAGACGUUUCUAAGGUGGUCCUAUUUCCUGGAGCAGUGAACAACACAACUCAAACAAAGCAAACCCUCAGGGUUACCAUGGAAACAAAGCCAAUGGAUUGUGGAGAAACCUGAAAAUCUCAGUGAAUGGUUUUCAUUUCAAGUGACCAGGGUACAUCUGAGGGACUCUGCCCUUUGAGGUGUCCUCUAAUCCUCUUCUACUUCCAGUCAUCAUUAGUAUAUUAUAUAUAUUGAAUAUGCCUCCUAGUUUAAUACACAACAGCAGAGAUCAAGUAUUAGUUUGUACAAUAUUUCAUCAGUACUUCUACUGUGUUAUCAGAUGAUAACGUGGACUUACAGCUCAUUAGGACAAUGGCUUGCAUUUAGGGUCAGGUUGGAUUAAUGUCUGCGUUCAUAAUCAGAGUCCUUGGUUAGCGAAACAGAGAAAAUAGGCCAGCAGUGGGUGUUGGAAAGUUAAAAGGAUUGUGUGUCACGCUGUCGAGAGGCAUUUUAUUUGUCAUGGAAAUACUGAGUGGGCGAAGGAUGAGAGGGAACAGCGACGACAGAAAACAGGUGUGUGUGUGUGUGUUCUCUCUCCUACACACAGUAUCUCGAUGUACUGCCUCUCUAUAACAGUCAGGACACAGUAGAGUUCAGUAACGCUGACACAAUAAUCACAAUAAACACCACAGUCCUGAAGGAGGUCUCUGAUAAAGUCACCUGGUGUGCUGUAUCAAGUACCGACCCUAUAGUCACUGUGAGUGUCAGUGUAGAUGACAUCAGCAUGAAGGUCACCUAACUCUAAGGAAAUCCAGUCAGGUGACUACUGAAGGCCUGUGGAUGUGUGAGUAUAAACAACAUAGAUCUACAGUGACAUCAGCCUGUCUGUAGUAGCUCAUAUUUGACACGCAGUACUUAAACGUGUACUCUGGAGGACGACUGCAGCUCUCAGUGCUAAUGAAAAGUCUCCGUUAUCAUCACUGACAUUCAUUCUUCCUACUUGAUGUCAUUUCUUUGAUUCGUCUGUCAGUCAUCUGUCAGUGAACAAGAGUUAUCGAAUGUAACUUUUACUCAAGUACUGUAAAAAAAUGAAUAUUUCCCUUUAUACUUCUACUCCACUUCAAGUAUCUCAGCUUUAGACGGUGAGGAUCUGACACAGAAAACAGGGUCAGAAGCUAACAGAGCUCCUCCUCCAGCAUUAACAUGAACCACCCAUCGAUAAGAGAGCGCCAGUCUGUGUGUUGAUUAUGUUUUAUUAAGUCAUGAGGAUAAAGUUGCUAUGGAAACAUAUGAAGUCCGACUGUAUUUAGUGAUAAUAGAGCGGCUUUAAUGUGUCAACAUUAGAGAUGGUCAGGUUUAAAUGAAUGUCUGUGUAGAAACAACACACAACGUGUUUGUAUACCAGCUGCAGCACACCACUGCCCCCGUGUGGAAUAAGAUGGACUAGCAGCCAGGAAGCCCUGUGAAUGGAGACUGAAUGCCCUCAUGUGGAGUGUGUCUGUGUGUUCACUGAGCAUGGAUAUUAUGUAUUACUUCAUAUGUGCUAUGUCUAAAAUGGCUUAGAACAUUAGGAUUUUUGGGUUGAUACUAUUUGUUACACAGAUUUGGUGCAUGAUGUAAUGGUUUUUGACCACUCGAGAAUGAAUCAAAAUAACACAGAGAAACCCCUGUUCCUUGAGGAACACCGUAGAAAAACUCCAUGCUGUGAUUCCAUAUCUACAACGUUUGUCUUUUGGACAUUUCUGUAAGAAUUGUAUUUUUCACUGAUUGGACAGCAAUUACUUAAACUGUCAGAAAGCCACACACACACACACACUAGGGUCCCUAUUAAGAGUAGUGUGUUUGUGUGUUUUCUUAGGUCUUGUUUUAGACGUGGUGAACAUUUCUCAGUAGGUUUCUUGUCAUUAUUAACUAGCAACAAACCAGCUACACUAACCAGGUCAAUGAUGAUCAGUGGGACGUGUUGUUUCCUGCUGAAUGGCCACAUUAAGAACAUAAUGUGAACAGUCAGUCAGUCAGUCAGGGAGAGAGUUUCAGUCAGGCAUGUGACAGGGCAGCUAACAGUGAGGCCCUGAUUGUAGUCAUUAUCCACUUCCUGGUUUUAGCCGGACGGGUACUUCAGGAUCAGUGUGUGUUUACCAAGGCGUGUGUGUGCAGCGUGCAACUCAGUUGUGCGUGUGUAUCACAUAGAGUGUAGUUCAACUAAAGAAGAGACGGGGGGGAAAGCGAGGAGGACGAGGAGAGGAAACAGUGUAAAGUUAGUGAAGAAGGGACAAGAAGAAGAGAGGGAGGAGGAAGAAGACAGAGGAGGGAAGAGCUGACGAAGAAACAAAGAAGAGAGGGAGCAGUGAUUGACAGACUGGACUUCUACUGCUGAGUGGACACAUGGAGAGAAAUGCAGAGACGGAUUAAGUCUGCCUCAGGACUCAACACUAAUCUCUCUCCACACACAUACACACACACACACACACACACACACACACACACCCCUUGUUUGUCUUGUAAAAGACCUUUGGCAUGUGGAUUAUUGACUUUGUAGCCUCUGCAGGGCAGCCAUGUUUGAAGUCCUAAUAGUAAAAUCACUGAGUGUAACCCUAAGAAUGUCAGUCUGAGCGCAGUACCUUCAUCAUACUACUUAGUUUAAACCUGUCAUGGCUGUAAGCACUUCAUACUGAUGUCUGUAGGGCUGUUGUUCUGUAGUCCUUUGAGGCGGCUUCCUGUUUGAGAAGCUGGAGUUUACCUUGGAAACACAGUGCAGUCCUGUUAAUGUUACACUUCUGUAAAUGGAGUGAUUGUAGUACUUUAGUCAGUCUCUGUCUGGUGGUUAAUGCUCAUACUUCCUCCUAGGAGAACUUUAGUGAAGCAGUUGGCGUCCAGUAUCGACCUACAUCACAUUGUUAGAGAAGAUUCAUCUGCAGCUUGAAAGCCUGAAGAAGCUGCAGUCAGGGUCUGAUUGCUCUUCUUCAUGGCACUCCUUUGAACACCAAGGAUUCCUUGGGGAACUUUUGGAACACUUAGAGUACCGUUUGGAGUCUAGCUUGGACAUCACAGGGGAAAUUCAGGACUUAGGUCAUAUAAGGACAUUUAAAGUUGUAUCUUAUCCAGCCAAAAUGGGGUCAGGGUAAGACCACAGGAAGUGAACCAGCUCGCUGUCAUGGAUUGUGACCCGGGAGCAGACACUGAUCUGGGACACGGGGCUGGACUGGAGGCCUGUGGUGGUGCUCCUGAACAACCAUGGGAAGAAACAGAAGGGGAAAGAGAAGGAGCAGCGCCACUCAAAGUAAAAGGAGGUGAUGGAGAGUUCAGCUCUGCAUCCUCCUCCUCUAAUUCCUCUCUGCCCUCCUCCUCCAACCUCCCGACGUUCUUCUCCUCACCCCCCCCAAUCUGUGUGGAAGAUGAGAUCGAGAUGCUGACCGGCUGCUCCAAGUCUUUCACCGGACUCAAGCUGUUCACCAGGAGGAAAGCAAUAGCUAAGUCCGGCCUGCACCAUCUUCCCUGUCAGCCCAGCACAUCGUCCCUGAACAGGAGCGACCCAGAGGCAGAUAUCCGCAGCACUCUGGACUGGACUGAGUCGGCUGUGUAUGGAGAGCACAUCUGGUUUGAGACUAAUGUGUCUGGAGACUGCUGUUAUGUGGGAGAGCAGCACUGCAUUGCCAGAGCACUACAAAAGUCUGUCAGUCGAAGGAAGUGUGCUGCGUGUAAGAUAGUGGCCCACACCAUCUGUAUAGAACAACUGGAGAAGUUUCCCAGCUCUAGAGCCAUUCUGUUGGACGCCACCCUGCCUCUCAAUGAGCCCCACUUUAGAAUUAAUUUCAGGUGUAAACCGUCUUUCAGAGAAUCCGGCUCUAGGAACAUCCGAGAGCCCGUUGUGGUGCGUCAUCACUGGGUGCAUCGGAGACGGCAAGAAGGCAAAUGUAAACAAUGUGGGAAGGGCUUCCAGCAGAAGUUUGCUUUCCACAGCAAAGAGAUCGUGGCCAUCAGCUGCUCCUGGUGCAAACAGGCUUACCACAACAAGGUGUCCUGCUUCAUGCUGCAGCAAAUUGAGGAAGCUUGUGCAAUAGGAGCUCAUGCUGCUCUUAUAGUUCCACCCACAUGGAUCAUUCGAGUCCGGCGCCAUCAGUCCUCUAUGAAGUCAAGUAAGAAGAAGAAGAGAACGUCAUUCAAGAGGAAAAGCAGCAAGAAAGGAGCAGAGGAAGGACGACAAUGGAGGCCGUUUUUAAUCCGACCCAUCCCUGCUCCACUGAUGAAACCACUGCUGGUGUUUGUCAACCCCAAGAGCGGAGGAAACCAGGGUACUAAGAUCCUGCAGUCCUUCAUGUGGUAUCUGAACCCCAGACAGGUAUUUGACCUGAGCCAAGGAGGACCAAAGGAGGGCCUGGAGCUGUAUCGUAAAGUCCAUAACCUGAGGAUCAUGGCCUGUGGAGGAGAUGGCACUGUGGGCUGGAUCCUGUCCUGUCUUGAUGAACUUGCAUUAAAUCCUCAACCUCCUGUUGCCGUGUUACCACUUGGGACAGGAAAUGACCUCGCCAGGACCCUCAACUGGGGAGCGGGCUAUACAGACGAACCUCUGUCUAAGAUCCUCUCCCAUGUUGAGGAUGGAACGGUUGUCCAGCUAGACAGAUGGAAUCUACAGGUUGAACCAAACCAUGGUGCAGGGGCUGAACCGGACGAACAGCAAACUGAUAAGCUUCCUCUAGAUGUUUUCAACAAUUACUUCAGUCUUGGAUUUGAUGCCCAUGUGACUCUUGAGUUCCACGAGUCAAGAGAAGCCAACCCAGAGAAGUUUAACAGUCGUUUUAGGAAUAAGAUGUUCUAUGCUGGGACAGCAUUCUCAGAUUUCCUGAUGGGAAGCUCCAAAGACCUGUCCAAGCACCUCAAACUGGUGUGUGACGGGACAGAUUUAACAUCGAAGGUUCAGGACUUGAAGCUUCAGUGUCUGGUCUUCCUCAACAUCCCCAGAUACUGUGCAGGUACUACACCUUGGGGAAACCCCAGUGAACAUCACGACUUUGAACCUCAACGCCAUGAUGAUGGAUACAUCGAGGUCAUUGGCUUCACUAUGACUUCACUGGCCACUCUCCAGGUUGGAGGUCAUGGCGAGAGGUUGAACCAGUGCAGAGAAGUCACCCUCACCACGACUAAACCUCUCCCAGUACAGGUGGAUGGUGAACCGUGCAGACUUGCUCCCUCUGUUAUCCACAUCAGCCUCAGAAACCAGGCCAACAUGGUGCAGAAAACCAAACGACAGACCUCACUACCACACCUCAAUGAUCAGCAGCCGGUCCCAGAGAGGCUGAGGAUCAGAGUCAGCAGGAUCAGUAUGACAGACUAUGACGCUCUGCACUAUGACAAGGACAAACUACGACAAGCAUCCAUUCCUCUGGGACUGAUUGUGGUUUCUGGUGACAGCGACUUAGAAACCUGCAGAGAACACAUCCAGCGUUUACAGGAGGACUUCUGUUCUGUCCAGCUCUCCUUCAGAUGCUUGGGACUGCAGGAGGAGGCAGCCAAGCCGAAGAGUCUUUCCUCACAAAGAUUAUCUCCAAAGUGGUGUUUCCUAGACUCUACAACGGCCGAUCGUUUCUACAGGAUAGACAGAGCACAGGAACAUCUCAACUAUGUAUCAGAAAUCUCCCAAGAAGAGAUCUUCAUCCUGGACCCUGAACUGGUUGUCAUGAUGACAGUAGGCACCUCCCCCUCAGCCAUGCCUGACCUGGUUAACCCCGCCUCCAGCCUGGUAAACAGCAGUUCUUCCCAGAGGCAGCGAGUGAACAGUGACAGCUCUGCUGGUGAAGCUUUAACACACGACACAACACCUGUGGCCAGCAAACUCAGCAGGGCGGGCUGCAUCCAUCGCUCCAACACCACUGCUGCUGAUUUUAAACCAGGACAGAGACAGGAAAAGGGCCAAAAGACAAGUGAGACGGAGAGGGAGAGAGAAAAAGAGAUGUUGAUUGAGUGUGUGAAGAACAAGGACGGCAAGAAGCUGCAGGAGCUGCACCUGAAGGGGGCGGACCUCACAGUGCUGGACUCAUCCGGCUGCAGUUUGCUGCACCAUGCUGCUGCUACAGGGAGCAAAGAGAUGGUCCGCUACAUCCUGGACAAUGCUCCUAGUGACCUGCUCGAUGUCACAGAAAAACUACAUGGAGAGACGGUUCUCCAUCGAGCUGCAUCUCUGUGUCACAGGACCAUCUGUCAUUAUCUGGUAGAAGCAGGAGCCUCACUGAUGAAAACAGACCUACAGGGUGAGACUCCUAAGAACAGGGCUGAGAAGGCUCAUGACUCUGAACUGGCAGCCUAUCUGGAGAACAGACAGCAUUACCAGAUGAUCCAAAGAGAGGACCAGGAGACGGCUGUCUGAAGCUGUUGAACUCUUCACGUCUCCUUCCUCAUCCUCAUGAGACUCACAGAAGGCCUGGUGCACAAAUACCAGUGAAGUGCAUUUAAUAAAGAUCGAGGCUGUGACUAUGAUGAUGGUUUAGAAUCAUUGUUAUAAAUGACACAAUGAUGGUAUUGAGAGUGACACGGAGGGUUAAUGAGGGGAAGAUAAACAGUACUCGUGAAGUCAUCCCUUUUCAUUUUGAGUGGCACAGUAAAAAAGUGUUGGUGAAGUUGUGAAAACUGUUUCGGGAAUGAUCAGAAUCUUGUGUCAGACUUUGAAUAACAAUUUAAGAGAGAAGUCCACUUGUGAGGACUUCUUCGUUCUCCAAAACUUUUUUGUAUCAAACAAAUUUAAAGGACUAAAAGUGAUCACGCCAUGUGUUGUGAGGUUGGACUCUGUCACUCGGUAUCACAAAGUAAAUGCUAAAGUCAUGGUUGAACAUACUCAGGAAAUGUAAUUAAUGUCGUACAACCAUGGAGUCUAAGGCCCAGUUACUGUGGCUACAAAGUGCAUUACACACCUGUAAUGCGCUAACUUUUUGUUUCCUUGACUUUAUAGAAUAUGUUCUGUUUGGGGUUGUUGACAUUUGGUAUUUGAAUAUUUACAGUUAACGUCAUGGAAACCCGACUGUUAGCUUUUGUAAUAGCUUGUCACGGAGCAAAGUGUUGAACAUGUUGGCCUGCUGGUGUUAAGGGCAGGGGGGGGGCAUGGAUAUCAGGAUCAGGUUUAUGGUAAUCCAGUAGUUGUAGAGAGAUGUAGUCUAGACUGACGCUUAGACCAGAGACAAACGGGGGUUUGUUAAAUGAAUGAAUUAUUAUGAAUGAUUAUGAACCUGCUAACCCUUACCCAGCCAUACCAAUGCAUCAAUAUACUGUACGUGCUUCGUUGACUUAUAUCAACAUAUUCUAGAGAUAAUUAUUAUUCAUAAGUUAUAGUAAUAAUAAUAAUCAAAGUGAUGUAUUUCUGGUGCCUGCGCUGGAGGAUUGGACUUUAGACUCCACUUAAAUCUUUCCUUUUGUGUCAAGUUAGAUCAAAUGGGUGUGUGUGCGCUUUAGAGAAAAUUAUAUCUUCAUAUUUUGUUAAGAUUGUUUUAGUAAAAUCCAGUCUCAAAUUAUGGAUUAUUAUAGUUUGUUGUGCCAAACAUUACAGUGCACAUAAAUCAUUGUGAACUGUGAUGAGUUCAACAUCAACACUGUGAGGAACUUUUGUGUUCGGCUCACUUUUGGACGCUACAGCUAAAUUAAAUAUCAAACUCAAAUCUCCAUUUCGAUCUCAUUAAGUCCUCUGAAACUUCAGAGCUGUGAGAGCUUUUAAAGGCACAACCGUCAAUCCAGAUGGAAAGAAAAGAGUAGCCCGCCCCACCACAGAAAAGAGAAGGAACAGAUGGAAAGCUGUCUUCAGGACUAAAGAAUCACUCAGCACAUUCACAUCCAUGUCUGUGUUUACGAAUCAUGAUCUUCACCAGAGGAUCACUUUCACUGCAUUACUGCUGAUCAGCUGAUGAAGCAAUCACCCUCACCUGUUCAGGUAACUCAGUCUGUAGUGAACUGCAGAGAGGCUGAGAUAUGGGCAACUCAAGGACACGCCUGGAUCUACACGGGGCUGAACAUCUGGACACCAACUCAACUAAUUCAGAGAGAAAUUCCUUCCUUCAUGUGUGCAGCAAGAGACACCAAGAGUGGAAACAAGAGCUCAGAGACCUCCAUGGAGACAUGCUCCAUGUGAACAUCUUAUGCAAAUAUGAUCAGAACUGGUCAUCAGUGCACAUGUAACCACUCAUUACAUGACGAGGGUUUUCAUACACAAAGCCUAGCAUCUCUGCUCGUCUCAUUCAGGAAGUCUGCAUGCAUUCUGCAGCUUUCACUGUCUGUCAGCUUGUAAUGGCAGAUCACACAUUCUCUUUAUUGAUAAUAUUUGAAGAGAUACAUUUUUUCAUUAAUGUCUUUUGUUUGCAUUUCCAUUUGCCUGACAGCCAAUUUCAGACUUAAGUGUACCAAAGAGCUUUGAAAAUGUGUCCGUUCACCAGAAUACACAGACUUGACCAGCUGGACGUUCAGACCUCUGCUCUGUACGAACUGUAGAUUAUGAGAUGCUGUUUAGCAGCUGGACUAAUGCACAACCCAUUUCAGUCAUAUUGCAGGAUAUAAAGUUUCUGUGCAACAAGUCUUUUGAGGAUUUGUGUCUUUGUUGAGUAAAUGAUUAGAAAGAACUCAGCACAGCCACUGCUGGAAUCAUUAGUAACCCAGAAAGACUUGAGACUCUGAAUCAUGCCUGUGAUGUGAUUUUCUUCAGUUUAGUUUUGAAUUGACAGUAAACUCUUGCGUGUACUGUAUUGCAGUGAUGUAAAGCAGCUUUUUGUACAUUUACACCUGUGGCCAGUCCAGUCUUUAUUCUGUCAUGUUCAUGACUGUUGUCUGGUGAACACAUGGGUGUGCAACUGUCUUUUCUGUCUUUCUAUUCCUGCUUUUGUGGAUUCAAUUCUUUGGCAUUUGUAAAAUUUGUUUUUGAGAUUAAUAUGAAGACAAUAAAAGAAGAAAGUGUA